AAGAGGCUCUCCCGGAACUCUGCAGCCGCAUCGGCUCUGAUUAUUUCAACAUCGGGGUUCGGUCCAACAUGGCGGCUUACGGAUGGAAAUACUGAUGACAGUCCGAAAGAUCGCCUCGAUUUGUACGAUGGGCGCCAAUGCCUCUGCCUUGGAAAAGGAGAUUGGACCGGAACAGUUUCCCGUUAAUGAACACUACUUUGGAUUGGUCAACUUUGGCAACACCUGCUACUGUAACUCAGUGCUGCAGGCUCUGUAUUUCUGUCGACCGUUCAGGGAGAAGGUGUUGGCAUACAAGGUGCAGCCGCGACGUAAGGAGUCCCUCCUCACCUGUCUGGCUGACCUGUUCAACAGUAUUGCCACACAGAAGAAGAAAGUUGGAGUCAUCCCUCCCAAGAAGUUCAUCUCACGACUGAGAAAAGAAAAUGAGCUUUUUGACAACUACAUGCAGCAGGACGCCCACGAAUUCCUCAACUACCUCCUCAACACCAUCGCAGACCUGCUCCAGGAGGAGAAGAGCCAGGAGCGGCAGCAGAAUGGAAAACUGGUGCAGAAUGGAGGAGGAGGGGGAGGAGGAGGAGGAGGAGGAGGGACAGGAGGCGGAAGUGAAGGGGGAGGAGGAGGGGAAGGGGAAGGAGGAAAGGAGACACAAACAACUUGGGUCCACGAGAUUUUCCAAGGAACACUGACCAAUGAGACGCGCUGCCUCAACUGUGAAGCUGUAAGCAGUAAAGACGAGGACUUCCUGGAUCUGUCGGUGGAUGUGGAGCAGAACACCUCCAUCACGCACUGUCUCAGGGGCUUCAGCAACACAGAGACGUUAUGUAGUGAAUACAAAUACUACUGUGAGCAGUGUCGCAGCAAACAGGAAGCCCAGAAAAGGAUGAGGGUAAAGAAGCUACCGAUGAUCCUCGCCCUCCACCUGAAGCGCUUUAAAUACAUGGACCAGCUGCACCGCUACACCAAACUGUCCUAUCGCGUCGUCUUCCCCCUGGAGCUCCGCCUCUUCAACACAUCCGGGGACGCCACCAACCCCGACCGCAUGUACGACCUGGUGGCUGUUGUUGUACACUGUGGCAGUGGUCCCAACCGCGGGCACUACAUCACCAUCGUCAAGAGCCACGGCUUCUGGCUGCUGUUUGAUGACGACAUCGUAGAGAAAAUUGACGCGCAGGCGAUCGAGGAGUUCUACGGUCUCACAUCGGACAUUUCCAAGAACUCUGAGUCGGGAUACAUCCUGUUCUACCAGUCCAGAGACUGAACCAGCUAACGGUAAAUCCCUAACAGACUGUCACUCAGCAGAGGGGGAGGCGCUUAUGGCUGCCACCGGCUCCGCCCAGUACGCUCACAUAAGUAUCCAGGCUUUACUUACUACAGGCGGAGCUUUGCACUGGAGCGCCAUUCAGAAUGGGUAGAGACAUGUGCAGGUCGCAUGCCAGCCUCCUGGAUUACGACAAAUCCUCUGAGCCCACGCUGCAAAAAGCACCUUAAAAACAAAAAAGAUGGCUGAAUCUGAACACUCGCUUUGCACUUGGGCAUCAGCUGGGAAGACCGAGUAACACCAAUCCAAGAGGCUGACAUGGCCUUGUGCACAGCGGUCCAUUUUUGGAGGUAGUUUGGGAGUGUUGAGACGAUGCAGAGUAACCAAUCAACUGUUUCGGAUGAGACACAGGAUUGUAAUCCUCCUCGUCAAAAUAACCAUCAGUGUCAUCACAGUCUUCUUUAGCGGUUUUUUUUUUUGUGUGUUUAUAUUAUACCGUGCUAAAUUAGCUUUAUGCUAACUCACAGGUACCAUGCAUUCACCCCACCCAAAAAUCAUUCUGGAGACAGAGAAACUAAUUUCUGACAGCCUUGUUAGAAGUCCCACCUGUUGUAACAAACCCACUGGCACUACCUUUGAGUGAUUGAAUAGCUUGAACGUGUGUUCGGAGCGCAGCGUGCUGAUGCAGUUGCUAGUUUGCAGUGUUUGUGUCAUGAAGUGGUGCUAAUAACAUACAGUGUUAUAGGCGGGGCGUGACGUGGAAAACAGCCACCAGAGAGAAGUUGACAAAUCAGAUGGAUCAUUACUUUCUCUUCCUUUUCUUUUUUUUCCCCGAGAUUAUCUUAAAUAUUAAAAAAAGGGAAAAAUCUGAAUUGAUCAAUAAUACAAUUUAAGCAUUUAAUGUUUGUUUUUUUAAAAAUUGCAUUGAGAUACGUUUUUCUGUAAACUGCCGCAAAAAAUCACUAUAUUCCAACCUUUUUAAAACAUUUUAAUGAAAGAAAAAUGGUGAAAACCAAAAACAAUAAGCUUUACAGAUGCAUAGGAGAAAGCAAUGAGUGAAAGUGGCUGGCAGAAGUUUUAGUUUUUACGUUUUCUGGUGUGUUGUGCCAUUACAGGUCAUAUUUGGUGCCACCGCGGAUAAAGUUUUGAAGGAAGGAAAACAACAUAAGCUAACUGUUGUUU